UUUAUAUGAGUUAUAUUAAAUAGAAAUGGAAGAUUCUCUUGCUACUUCAAGAGCCAAACGACAAAAAGUUGAUAAACACGGUAGAUUCUCUGCUUUAGAAAAGCUAAAACAGCUUAAAGGUAAAGGAUCUAAACACAAAUAUGACGUUGACGAAAUGGAAAAUGUUUAUGACACAGUGGAUGAAAAGGAAUAUCAUGAUCGUGUGUUACAAAGACAGGAAGACGAUUGGAUAGAAGAUGAUGGCACUGGCUAUGUGGAAGAUGGUAGAGAAAUAUUUGAUGAUGAUGUUAUUGAGGACACUUAUGUUGCUUCCAAUGGUAAAGAAUCUGGUCGGGGCACAAAAAGAAAAGCCCGACUGGCUCCACAAGCAAAUAGCAAAGGAAAUAUUAGAAAUUUAAUAGGAGCUAUGCCUGUUAAGAAAAAAGAGGAUGUUAAAAUCUCUGAUGACAAUAUCUUAUCUGACAUCAUGUCAGAUUUGGAUGGUAGCACAUCAUCCACUGUUGUCAAACUAAAACCUCUGCCUAUUAAUAAAUCCAAUGUCAAAGAUUCUAGCAAGAAUGAAGCUCAGAAUUAUUUCAAAAGUCUUUCUACAGCUGUUAAGAAGCCAGCGCCAAUAACAGAAGAGGUUAAAGAGAGAGAUGUACAGAAAACAAGUGAAAAAGUUCCAACCGAUGUUCAUAUAGAACCAAAAGCAAAGAAACCCCAAUGGAAUAUCAAUAAAGAGAUUAAGAAAGAACUUGAGGACUCUGCUACUGAGAAUAUAGAAGAAUUUGUAACUCAAGAUUUAAAUUUUGAUGACGAUUUCAGUAACAACACACCACCUGCUACAGAAAUUAAAAAAGAAAACAAUACCAAUACUAUCACUGAUGUGUCUGAUGAGUUCUUUAAUGAGGAAUUUGAAAUAUUUCCAUUAAAGAAAGAAUCUCCUAAUGAGAUGAAAACAACAAAGGCUUGGUCGGAGCAGUUUAGUGAAAAUCAUAAUGGUCCUUCUAUUCAAACAGAUGGACAGUUACCUUUACAGACUAAUAUUAAUGGAGACAAAGUUUUUAAAUUCUAUUGGCUAGAUGCUUGGGAAGAUAGAUUUGUAAAGCCAGGUGUAGUUUAUUUAUUUGGCAAGACAUAUGUUAAUCCUUCAAAUAAGCAAGCAGGUUGUGUAUCAUGCUGUGUUGUGGUGAAAAAUGUUAACCGCCAGAUAUUUUUGUUGCCCAGAGAAUAUAAAUUAGAUCCAGUGACAUUUGAACAAACAGACCAGGAAGUAUCCAUGAUGGAUAUGUACAAGGAGUUCAAUGAAUCAAUUGCCAGUGAACUUGGUCUCACAGAGUUCAAGUCACGGAAAGUCACAAAGAAUUACUGUUUCAAUCUCCCCGACAUACCCGCACAAUGUGAUUACUUGGAAGUUAAAUAUUCAGCAUCUUUCCCACCACCAAAUACUACUAAAAAAGGAUUAACUUAUUCCCAUAUUUUUGGUGCUAACACAUCUUCAUUGGAAUCAUUUUUAUUGGAGAGAAAAAUUAAAGGUCCUUGUUGGCUCGAAGUAAAGGAAGCUGAAAAUGUAUUAGCAAAAGUAUCUUGGUGUAAAAUGGAAGCAUCUUGUGAUAGAAUGGAAAACAUCAGUGUUAUAAGAAAUGGAAUGGAUUUAGAGCCACCACCAAUUGUUGUUGCUACUAUACACACAAGGAGUGCUGUAGAUCAAAAAACAAACAAGACAAAAAUAUUAAUGUUAAGCUGUCUUGUGCAUAACAGCUUUCCAAUCCACAAACCACCACCAAAUCCACCAUUUCAUCAACAUUUUUGUGUUAUGACAAAAAGCAAUGAAGUAUGGCCAUUAGACCUCAAACAGGCUCUCUCACAAUACAAUGCUACAAAACUUACAAAGUGCGACACUGAGAGAGAACUUCUCAAUUACUUUAUGGUGCAAUUCUGGAAAUUAGAUCCAGACCUAGUAGUAGGACAUGACAUGCAAGGAUUCCAACAAGAUUUAUUGAUAGGAAACAUUCUAGAUUUACGUAUCCCAAAUUGGUCCAGAUUGGGGCGAUUGAAGCGAUCCGUCGCUCCCCAAAAGAAAUUUGCGACCAAAGAUGCCUUUCUCGGUAGAUUAGUGUGUGAUAUAAAACUUUCAUCUAUGGAACUGAUUCGUUCGAGAAGUUUCGAUCUGGAUACUUUGUGUGUUAGUGUGCUAAAGAUGAAAGAAGGUGAGAGAGUGGAGGUAGCGUUAGAAGAUAUACCUCGUUUUUAUGAGAGCAGCUGUGACCUCCUUGAGCUGGUCAAACUAAACAUGCAGGAUACCUCCUACAUACUGAAAAUGAUGUGCGAACUGAACGUUAUACCGCUCGCUUUACAAAUCACACAAAUUGCUGGCAACAUAAUGUCUCGAACUUUAAUGGGCGGUAGAUCAGAACGGAACGAAUUUUUGCUACUCCAUGCUUUUACAGAGAAAGAUUUUAUAGUACCCGAUAAAGUAUAUGGUAAAAAAACGAUAACUGAGGGUGAUAACGAAGACAAUGAAGAUACCAAUGUGUCAAAGAAACAAGGCAAGAAGAAAGCAGCGUAUUCCGGAGGCUUGGUGUUAGACCCAAAAAAGGGAUUUUAUGACAAACUUGUUCUACUCAUGGAUUUCAAUUCUUUAUAUCCAAGUAUUAUACAGGAGUAUAACAUUUGCUUCACGACCAUUAAAAGGAAAAUUUCCACAGGAACAGAUGAUGAUUUGAGCAAUUUAGUUCUGCCUGGCUCCAAAGCAGAGUUUGGCGUGCUGCCCACGCAGAUUAGAAAACUUGUAGAGAGCAGGAGGGAAGUUAAAAAAUUAAUGAAAUCCCCUGAUUUAUUACCCGAACAAUAUAUGCAGUAUAAUAUUAGACAAACCGCAUUAAAGCUGACUGCCAACUCAAUGUAUGGAUGUCUCGGUUUUACCCAUUCGAGGUUUUACGCUAAACCUCUCGCGGCGUUAGUCACUAUGAAAGGAAGAGAAAUUCUAAUGGACACCAAGGAAAUUGUUCAAAAGCAAAAUUAUGAAGUGGUGUAUGGUGACACUGACAGUCUGAUGAUUAACACCAACUGCUUGGACUACGAUUCCGUGUUUAAAAUUGGUAAUGAACUCAAAAAAGAAAUUAAUAAAAAAUACAGGCAAAUCGAAUUAGAUAUUGACGGAGUUUUUAAAUAUUUGCUAUUGCUCAAAAAGAAAAAAUACGCUGCCGUUGUUAUAAGCAAGAAUAAAAAUGGUGAAUUUGUUUUAACUCAAGAACACAAAGGCUUGGAUAUAGUACGUCGGGACUGGUCCCAGCUGGCGGCAGAGGCGGGGAAAUUUAUUUUAAGCCAGAUAUUAUCUGAACAGGCUCCCGACGAUAGAUUAGAGAAUAUACAACUGCACUUGAAUAAGCUUAAAGAAGAUUUAUUGAGCAAUCAGAUGCCACUUUCCCUGCUCACUAUAACUAAACAACUUACAAAAAAUCCUAACGAAUAUCCGGAUAAAAACACCCAACCGCAUGUACAAGUCGCUCUAAGGCUUAAUGCAAAAAAUAGUAGACGAUUCAAAAAGGGUGACAUUGUGCCGUACGUGAUUUGUGAAGAUGGGACAGCCAACUCCGCUACACAGAGAGCUUACCAUAUCGAAGAAUUGAAAAAUUCGGAACAUCUUAAAAUCGAUUAUAGAUACUAUUUGGCGCAUCAACUUCAUCCAGUCAUAUCUAGAAUUUGUGAACCAAUCGAGGGCAUGGACCCGGCGCGAGUCGCAGACUGCCUCGGUCUAGACCCAUCCGGCUACAGACAGUUUAAUAGAAAGGAAAACACCAACUCUGAUACAUACGAAGUUGAGAAUGAGCAAGAGAAAUAUAGACAAUGCAAAGAUUUUACAUUCAUUUGCAUAAAUGAGAAUUGCAAAACUGAGAACAAAAUACGUGAAACCUGCGUGAAGUUAGAUAAGGAUAGCGUCAUAUUUUUAGAAAAAUGUCAAAACGACAAAUGCAGUUUGAAACCAAUUGAUUAUUUGGCUUGUAUACAAAAUCAACUGGCAAUGCAAAUCCGGCAAUACCACGCUCAGUAUUACGCUGGAUGGGUGUCGUGUGAAGACCCCGCCUGCGGAUAUCGGACUGCGAGAUUGCCACAAACAUUCAUAGGCGGAUAUCCAUUAUGUAGGCAGUGCGAGAAAGGAGUCAUGUUUAGAGAGUACACCGAAAAAGACCUCCACCUUCAAAUUAGUUUCUUUGCGUACCUUUUCGACCCAAGUAAACACAUGUCUGCAAAAACAAAAUUGUCUAGCCAAAUAACAUCAGCACUCCAAGUAUUGAAAGAAGUCGUAGAAGAUUAUUUAGCCCAUUCAGCAUAUUCCAUCAUAAGUUUGUCGAAGUUAUUCAGAUUUUUCACUGUUGACAAAAAAAGUGGAAAUAACGUGUCGUGUGAUCCUUUAGAAAUAGACAUAUUACCUGAAAACGAGCACAUAGAUGCAUUAAUGGAAAUGGGUGAAUAUUAAAGUGUUCUUGUUAUAGAACUAUUUCUUUAACAAAACAUGUCAGGUGGUAUCUUUUUAAUGUAAAUAAAAAAAAAAUCUUUGUUUAUAAAUAGA